AGCCCACGGAAGCAGCUGUCCAUCCCGCUGCACUCCCGAGAAAAUACCGACCUGCCAGGACCUGCGGGUGGCGUCCCAUCAGCCUCUGCGGUUUCCCCCUUCGCUCUUUCUCUCGGCGCUCUCGAGCAGUGCAGGAGGUGCCAUUAGCGGACCGUCACCAUGCCAGCCCUCAGACCGCUCAUCAAACCUAAGAUUGUCAAGAAGAGGACCAAGAAGUUCAUCCGUCAUCAGUCCGAUCGCUAUGUCAAAAUCAAGCGUAACUGGAGGAAACCAAGAGGUAUUGACAACAGAGUUCGCAGAAGAUUCAAGGGCCAGAUCUUGAUGCCCAACAUUGGGUAUGGUAGCAAUAAGAAGACAAAGCAUAUGCUGCCGUCGGGGUUCAGAAAGUUUCUCGUCCACAAUGUCAAAGAAUUGGAGGUGCUCAUGAUGAGUAACAAGUCCUUUUGCGCAGAGAUCGCUCACAACGUUUCCUCCAAGAAUCGGAAAGUAAUUGUGGAGAGGGCAGCUCAGCUUGCUAUCAAGGUUACGAAUCCAAAUGCAAGACUGCGCAGCGAAGAGAAUGAAUAGUUGUUCUUGUGCAACAAUAUUUAAUAAAUCAAAAGUACUGAAA